CUUCUUCUUUCCCAAGCUUCUUCCUUGGCACCGAUGAAUGGUCCACUCAGCAAGCGGAGAGCAUGAGUGAAGCGAUCCUGGUGUGCCUUUUGCGGCCAUCCAAAAUCCAAAUCUUCUCUCAAACCCAGAUCUGGGUUUUUCUCAAACUCAAAUAUGAGUUUCACACAUAAAUUACCUACAUCACAUUGGCACCACCCACGGUCACCGGUGUUGUCCAACAUCCUUCUAUCUGAUAAUUUCGACCCAUGCAUCACCGACAUCAAGAUUGGAAACAUCGGGCGCAGAAAGGGAAGAGAUGAUGAGGGAAAUAACCAAAGCGGCACCGAAUUUGAUGUGUAUUGUUUUGGAGUUAUUUUGAUAGAGUUGUUGACGGGAACACAGGGGAUGAAGGAGAGUGUGAAGCGCGAGGAAGUUGGCAAAGGAAGGGGUUGGGAUUGAGGUGUUAGACUUGAGGGUUUUUCUUAUCGAAUUUGGAUGGCCAGAUCUGGGUUUUUCUUCCUCUCCAAAACAAACCCAGAUCUAGGUUUGAACAGGGCACGAGUGAUCAAGGUGAAGGGGAAGAAAAGGAGGGUAUAGAUCUGGUUUUGUUCUUUUGCUUAUUUUGUGUUUUCUAUGUGUAUUUUCUGAGUUGAUUAAGUGGUUUUCGUGUUGAUUAUUUUCGAGAUUAGAUCUGUA